AUGCUCUUCCUUGGUGGUCGAACACGUAAUAUUACGACUUCGGGAAGGGGCUUACAUGAUGAGUCACAUACACAAAAAGUGGGGCAUUCAUGCAUCAUUGGUGGUUGUCUAUCAGUAACAACUGGUCUUAUUCUUAUUAUCAUUGGUGUUAUAUCUGAAGUUAGAAAUACUACAUUUAUUGGUGUUGGUGUAAUUAGUUUAGGUGUUGGGUUUUUUCUUACUACACUUGUUUGCUUUUAUGCUAAAUUGGAUAUAUGUUAUAAUAAUUGGGCUUAUCGUACUCGUAUCACACCCGUACAUAUAGAAACUCCACAACCGGCACCAGCAGGUGCUAUAACAACUUCUCCGUUUGUUCCAUCCGUUCUCACGACAGAAAAACAACAAACUCUGAUGCCAGACGAAAAUCCAUCACCUACAACAGUCGUAUCUCAUGCAGAAAUUCACAAAAUUUUAGCUGCACCAUCAAUAAAAACUACUUCAAUGACAUUUAAUUCAGAUAAUGUACCUUAA